CGGACAUCGUAUCGGGGCCUCGGCGCUGGCGAAGCUGUGGGUAGGCUGUGGGGUCUCACGAUGCUGGGGAGCGUGGCUCCCCUGCCCAUGAGCAGCGGUAGGCAGCCCCGCCAGCAUGUCGGGGCCGUGGGGACUCUGCGGCAGAGGCUCCCGCUCAGCGCCCGCACCAGGACCGGGUGGCAGCCCGUGCCUGACAUCACCAGGCGCCUCCGUGCGAACACAAUGGAGGCUCCCAGCAGGACCACCACCAGCCCAACCCGCAGGGUGCAGACCAUCAUCCAGAACAGCCCCCUGGACCUGAUAGACACAGGCAAAGGGCUGAAGGUGCAGACAGAGAAACCGCACUUGGUGAGCCUGGGCAGCGGCCGCCUCAGCACUGCUAUCACACUGCUGCCGCUGGAGGAAGGGAGGACCACAAUUGGCACGGCUGCAAAGGACAUCGUCCUGCAGGGCCCUGGCCUGGCACCCGAGCACUGCUACAUCGAGAACGUGCGAGGGACGCUCACUCUGCACCCCUGCAACAAUGCCUGCACCAUCGACGGUGUGAUGAUCCAGCGGCCCACGCGCCUCACUCAAGGGUGCACCAUCUGCCUGGGCCAGGCAACCUUCCUCCGCUUCAACCACCCAGCUGAAGCCAAGUGGAUGAAGAGCAUGAUCCCAGCAGGAGGAAGGAGCCCCGCGGCUCUUUAUGGACUGCCAGCAAAGCCCGAAGCCCUGGUGAAUGGCAGCCGCCAGCUGCCGGCACGGGAGCCCAGCCACAACUCCCUGGUGAGCUCCAUCGAGAAGGACUUGCAGGACAUCAUGGACUCGCUGGUGCUGGAGGAUCCGGCGUCCCCCAGCAAGAAGCCGCCGUCCCGCGGGCAGUCCCCGCUCUGCGCCAUGGUGAACGGGGGUGGGCGCUGCCUCCUGUCCCCUCCGCUGAGCCCCGGUGCCGCCUCGGGGGGCUCCAGCUACGAGAACGCCUCGCCGCCCUUCUCCCCGCUCUCCUCGCCCGCCAGCAGCGGCGGCUACACGAGCCACUCGCCCAGCAGCCAGGAGCAGGGCCCGGCCGUGCCCCCCGUCGUGCCGCUCCGCUCCUCCAGCUACAACCACGCCGUGCAGCCCCCUCCGCAGCGCCCACCACCGCCACCCUACGGGGGCCCCAAUGACACUCGGUCGGCGGAGAGCCCCCGCGCCUGGCGGGGUGCCCUGGACAGCCCGGCGGUCCCGCACCCCCUCCAGGAGCACAGGGCGGGCAGUCCUCGUUCCCAGCCGCCCGGCAGUCCCCGGGCAGCCCCCCGGACAUUGGGCUCCUCGGUGCCGCGGGUUCGGGCAGCCCUGCAGGAGCGGCCGCCCAGCCCCUUCCGAGAGCCGAGGGACCCUCCCGCUCCCGGCCGGCAGCCCGCACCCAGGCUUCUCCCGGACGCCGUGGGACCGGCGCACGGCAGCCAGAGUGGCCGUGGGCUGCAGCCCCCCGAGAGCCCGCGGGCGGCCCGGAGGAACGUGGAGAGCAUGCGGGAGCUGCCACCCCUCAGCCCGUCCUUAUCGCGCCGAGCCGCCAGCCCCCGGGCGGCCCCGGAUGCCCCGUCCCCUCAGCCCCGGCUGGGCAGGGAGGUCCCUGGAAGCCCCCGAACCAGGCGCAAGGGCCACGAGGAGCCGAGCCCCGCGGGCGGGAGGAGCAGCAGGGCCGGGAGCCCCUCGUCCCCGCUGUCGACAGAGCCGUCCGCACGCCGGCCCAGCUUCAGCUCCUGCCUCAGCCCCGCACACAGCCUGGGCUCCCUGGCCGUGCCUUCGCCCCGGCAGAGCCCCCGCGCCCAGAGGAAGCUGUCGGGGGACGUGCGGCUGCCGGCGGGCGUGCGGGAGCGUAAGAACAGCAUCACCGAGAUCAGCGACAACGAGGACGAUCUGCUGGAGUACCACCGGCGGCAGCGCGAGGAGCGGAUGCGGGAGCAGGAGAUGGAGCGCCUGGAGCGGCAGCGCCUGGAGACCAUCCUGAACCUCUGUGCUGAGUACACCAAGACAGACGGCUCUGAGCUGCUGCCUGGUCAUACGGAUGCUGGCCGGCGGGCACCAAGGGGCACAGCAGGGCUGGGCCGUGCCGCAGAGGAGCUGGGUGUGCUGCGGCAGAGGGAGAGCCUGGAGAGGUCGGAUGAAGAGAACCUGAAGGAAGAGUGCAGCAGCACCGAGAGCACACACCACGAGCACGAGGAACUGGCGGGCCCACGCGCCAAGGAGGCACAGCGGCUGGAAGAGGAGCGAGCCUGCGUGUUCGGCCGCCUGGAUGAGCUGAAAGGCCGCGUCAAGGAGCUGGAGCAGCAGCUGCAGGAGACAUCGCGAGAGGCAGAGAUGGAGAGGGCACUGCUGCAGGGCGAGCGGGAGUCAGAGGUGGCACGGCUGCAGCAGGAGCAGGAGGUGGUGCAGCAGCUGCAGGAGAAGCUCUCCGGCCUGGACGCCAGCAUCCGGAAGGAGCGCGACAAGGAAAGGGCAAAGAUUGAUGCUGAAAGGAAGGAGCUAGAGAAACUCCGGGCGCUUUACAAUGAGUCGAAGAGCCACCUUGAUAACUGCCCUGAGUCAAUGCGGGAGCAGUUGCGGGAGCAGAUGCGAAGGGAAGCAGAGGCCCUGGAGACGGAAACCAAGCUCUUUGAGGACCUGGAGUUCCAGCAGCUGGAAAGAGAGAGCCGGCUGGAAGAGGAGCGUGAGACGCGGAGCCAGCAGCUCCUGCAGAGCAGAGCUGAGUACCACCGCAGCAUCGCCCGCAGGAAGGAGCGGGUGGCUGCACUGGAUGCUCAGGCUGCCCAGAUCCGGCUGCAAAGUGCCCAGGAGGCUGAACGCCUGGCCCAGGAGAGGAACGAUGUCCUGCGGCUCCUCCAGAAGGAGAAGGAGAAGCUUGCAUCUCUGGAGAGACGGUACCAGCUUGUCACAGGUGGCAGGAGCUUCCCAAAGAUGUCCUCAGCUCUCAAAGAGGAAACCCUCCAUAUUUCAGAGCCUUAUGAGCUGCUGGAGGGAACUAAGCCCCUGAGUCCCCCACUAGGAGCAGCUGCCUCCUUAGCUUCUCCUUCUGCCCACUCCUACCCCAAGAUGCAAGAGUACGUGACCAUUGAGCAGCUCUCAGGGAUCCUGGGCAGUGUCAGUGCCCCUGCUGGUUCCCCACUGGGCCGUGCCCCUCCAGCUUCUUCAUCCUCAGGCUGCACUCCUCUUCCUCCUUCUCUGCCGGCUCUCUCUUCUCCCUCCAUCUCCGCAGAGAUGGAGAAGCAGCUUCCAGGGGGCCCACUAUGGCUCCCAGCUCUUGAUUUAGAGAAGUGGUACCAGGAGGUCAUGGCUGGCUUUGAGACCUCAUCUCCUGUCUCUCCUCCUUCUUCCCCUCCUCCACUUCCAGCUAAAGCUUACUCUUCUCAAAAGCCUCUCCAGGUCUAUCGUGCCAAAAUGGAGGGUGACACUGGUGCCCUCACCCCUCGGAUGAAGAGUGGCACCCCGUCAUCCUCACAGCUCAACAUCUCCGUGCUGGGCCGCAGCCCCUCGCCCAAGGGUCCCCUGCAUGCCCCGAGCCACGCAGGCAGCCUGCCACGCAACCUGGCAGCCACACUGCAGGACAUCGAGACCAAACGCCAGCUGGCCCUGCAGCAGAAGGCCGACUCGCUCCCAGCAGAGCCCUUGCAGCCAGGCGAUGUACCAGGUCAGCAGGUGAUUGAGGAGCAGAAGCGGCGCCUGGCAGAGCUGAAGCAGAAAGCAGCGGCCGAGGCUCAGUCGCAGUGGGAAGCCUUGCACGGGCAGCCCCCCUUCCCCCAAUCCUACCCUCCGCUCAUGCAUCACUCCAUCCUCCAUCACCACCACGCCCACGGUGCGGGCCCACGGGCCGAGGAGCUGGACCACGCAUAUGACACCCUCAGCCUGGAGAGCUCGGACAGCAUGGAGACCAGCAUCUCCACAGGCAACAACUCAGCCUGCUCACCUGAUAACAUGUCCAGUGCAAGCGGGAUGGACGCAGGGAAGAUAGAGGAGAUGGAAAAGAUGCUGAAGGAGGCACAUGCCGAGAAGUCCCGGCUCAUGGAGUCCCGGGAGCGGGAGAUGGAGCUGCGCCGGCAGGCACUGGAGGACGAGCGCCGGCGCCGGGAGCAGUUGGAGCGCCGGCUGCAGGAUGAGACGGCCCGCCGGCAGAAGCUGGUUGAGAAGGAGGUCAAGUUGCGGGAGAAACAUUUCUCACAGGCUCGGCCUCUGACGCGGUACCUCCCGAUCCGUAAGGAGGAUUUUGACCUGCGGCUGCACAUCGAGUCCUCGGGGCACAGCGUGGACACGUGCUAUCACGUCAUUCUGACAGAGAAGAUGUGCAAGGGCUACCUGGUCAAGAUGGGAGGCAAGAUCAAGUCUUGGAAGAAGCGCUGGUUCGUCUUUGACCGCAUGAAGCGCACCGUCUCCUACUACGUGGAUAAACACGAGACAAAGCUGAAAGGUGUCAUCUACUUCCAAGCCAUCGAAGAGGUGUACUACGACCACCUCCGGAGCGCCGCUAAGAGCCCCAACCCCGCGCUGACGUUCUGCGUGAAGACCCACGACCGCCUCUACUUCAUGGUGGCCCCGUCGGCCGAGGCCAUGCGCAUCUGGAUGGACGUCAUUGUCACGGGGGCCGAGGGAUACACGCAGUUCAUGAACUGAGGGCCGGGCUGGGCGAAGCCGGGCUGCACAGAGCUCUGCGGGCGCGGCCACGGGCGGGUUUUUUGUUUUUUGUUUUUUAUGUUAACUUUUUAAAAACAAUUUACUGGAAA